UGUCGAAGAGGUUUCAACUUUCACCCGAGUCCUGAACCUUCCUCUUCCGUUUCGGUGAAAUCAGGUCAAGAUGGUUCAGCGCCUGACAUACCGCCGUAGGUUAUCCUACAACACCACGUCCAACAAGACCAGACUGUCCCGAACACCUGGUAACCGUAUUGUGUAUCUUUACACCAAGAAGACUGGUAAGGCUCCCAAGUCAGCAUGUGGAAUCUGCCCUGGUACACUGCGUGGUAUGCGUGCUGUGAGGCCCCAGGUCCUGAUGAGGCUCUCAAAGACCAAGAAGCAUGUGAGCAGAGCCUAUGGUGGUUCCAUGUGCGCCAAAUGUGUGCGUGACAGGAUCAAGCGUGCUUUCCUUAUUGAGGAGCAGAAGAUCGUUGUCAAAGUACUCAAGGCACAGGCACAGAGUCAGAAAUCUAAGUAAACGUGUUUGUACUUUAAAAUAAACUUUGCGGAAACAAC